CUUAUAUAAAAGCUGCCUAGUAGGAAUGGCCUGAACAUCUAACUUUGUAUGUGCAUCUCAGCAAUAAGUUCUCUGUUAAGAAAAAGGGAAAAAGAAUGGAUGCUCUUAUUAUUACAAUGAAAUCAAAUUUCCAUGCUCGUUCCAACAGUUUGCCAUCAAAAUCCCACCCUCUUGUAGCCGAUGUUGAGGAUCAGUUGCGCAGGUUUAGAGCCUCAGAAGCAACAUUUUCUUCUCCAUCAGUUCUAUGCCAGAACUUGUCUGCUCUGAAAGACUUGUAUGAAUGUGCUGAUAAUCUGCUUCAGUUGCAACUCGCCCAAAAGGCUUUCUCCAAUGAAUUGCACGAUAAAUGUGUAGAGGACAUGUUGGAUGGAUCUCUCAGGGUGCUGGACAUAUGUAGCUUAUCCAAGGACGCCCUUUCUCAGAUCAAAGGUUGCCUUCAAGAUCUGGAAUCAUCCUUCCGCAGAAGGACUGGUUGUGAAUCCAGCCUUGCAAAUGAGAUAAGAAAGUACUUCAUCUCAAGAAAACAAGUUAGUAAAAUUGUUUGCAAGUGCUUCGGCAACAUGAAGAGGAUGCAGAAACGCAAUGCGGCAACCCCGGAAAAUGACCAUGACUUUGUUGCCGUGGUUAGCGUGCUAAAAGAAGUUGAGGCAGUUAGUCUCAGUGUUCGAGUCUCUAUUGUUAUUUGUUUACCCCCCAAAAUCAAAGUCAAUUGGUUGGUCCUUGGUCUCAAAUUGAUCCAAUCCAAGCGUUUAUCCUGUGAAAUUGAGGACAAAGAAGAUAAAAUAGAUCAUACUUUAGAAGCUCUUAUCAAGAACAAGACAAGCAAAAGCAUUGAUGUUACCCAAGUACAGAAGGCCCUGAAGGAUUUGGAGGCCUUCGACUCAAUUAUUCAGGAGCUUGAAGGGGGACUGGAGUGUGUCUUUAGGUGUUUGAUCAAAACCAGAGUGUCCUUUCUCAACAUUGUCAACCAUUAACCAGUGCCCCUUGGGUCAUUUUUUGAUCUAGCGAUAUCCACUUACAUCCCCAUUCUUUUACAGGGGGCUUGUCUGUGAUUUUUGCUGCAUAGUUCUGUGUAAAUUGAAUGAGUUAUAUAUGUACAUUGCCUAGUAAGCAAGCCAGAGA